AUGCUCGUCGCCGCCGCCAACGCCAUGCCAUCACCAUCACCCAUAGCCACCACCACCCACGUCACUCAUCUAUCACCCAUGGCCACCACGACCACCAACAUCGACCACGCCACCCUUCAACAACAACGCGGCGACACCACGUCACGAAACAACGAGCGCCAGAACCCACGAAAACGACCCCCGCCCAUGAAAACACCCCAACACCCACAAAAACGACACCCCACCCACGAAACGACACCCAGUGGACACGAAACAACUGCCAACGGAUGCAAAACCAUGCCUGCGGACAUGAAAAACACCCAACAGACAGAAAACAACGACCAACAGACACGUACACCGCCCGUGGACACGAAACAACAUGCAGCGGACACGAACAACACCCCUGCGCCCACAAACGACACCCAGCGGAAUUCCAGUGGAAUGACUGGAUUCCUGCAGGAAUAG